AUGAAAAGGGUGUUAUUUUACGAACCCAUUAGAGAGCACGAAGUUGGUUUGCUUAUUGAAUCAAUUUCACAAUCAGCUUCUUGUGAAGCUACUGUUGAUCUUACUCAGAAGUCGAUUGCUCUCACUACUGGUGUUAUUUUUAUAAUUGCUUUUGGGAAGUUGUUUAAAGUGGAUGGAUUUAAUGAAAUUGUGAGUGAACUUGAGGUCCUGUUGGGAAGCUACAGCACUUCUAAAUUUUUUCCUAUUCCUUUUGUGGGGAAGGUAGUUGAUUGGUUUAGUGGCCGAAAAGCUAGACUCAAGAGGAUUUUCAAUGAGAUGAAUGUUCUCUUCCAAGAGGUGAUUGAUGAACAUUUUCAUCCUGUGAGGCCUAAGCCAAAGCAAGAUGAUAUCAUUGAUGUGCUUUUGACAAUCAGUAAAAAGCAAGUUGAAUUUUGCACCGUUGUCAUUACACAUGAAAGCAUCACAGCCAUUCUUUCGUAA